UACUAGGAAAAAGCCUGGGCGUGGCAGGAAGGAGGAGAACUAGAGGACGAGGAGGAAGAGCAGAGGCAAAGCAGCUCAUCGGGCGGUUCCUUAAAAAUUUACGCCACAUCCCUGCCUUUACAGCUGACCCGAAGCAUGGCAGAAGGCUCAGUGUCCACAGCAGAGGUGAAGAGCGCCUUCCAAAAGUUUGCAGUUCACGGAGACACCAAAGCCACUGGGAAGGAGAUGAACGGCAAAAACUUUGCUAAGCUUUGCAAAGACUGCCACAUCACUGAUGGCAAGAAUGUCACCACUACCGAUGUUGAUAUCGUUUUCAGCAAAGUCAAGGCAAAUUCUGCUCGUGUAAUUACAUUUGAGCAGUUCAGCCAAGCCCUGACUGAGCUGGCUUCAAAGCGCUUUAAAGGCAAGAGCAAAGAGGAGGCACUUCAGCAGAUCUACGGGCUCAUUGUUGGGAAGGAACCUGCCAAUGCUGGAGUCACAAAAGUGGCGAAGGCAGCAGCCGUGGACAGACUGACCGAUACAACCAAGUACACCGGUUCACACAAGGAGCGUUUUGAUGACUCGGGCAAAGGCAAAGGAAAGUCGGGGCGUGAGGACGUCCCAGACACCAGUGGAUACGUAUCGGCUUAUAAGGGUAGUGGCACUUAUGAAGACAAAGUAAAAAACCCAUAAUCCCAUUGAAGAAUUAUGUCACUCCAAUUUACUGACACUUUUUGAGAAUAAAGAACAAACCUGAUUUAUGGCAUGUACAAGUAAAUACAUAAUAAUAUGUUGUCUGUUAUCUUUUAGGAACCAAAGAAACAACUAGUGUAACUAAGCUUUGCUUGACUGAUAUCAUUAUAUGUUGACAUGUGCCUUACAAUGGAUGCAGCCACCAUUAUACUGUUAUGCUAAUUUCUUGUAGUGUAGGAAGUAAUAACUUAACAGUCACAUCAGUAAAUUCCUUUUCCAUUUGUUAUGCUUAGCUUCUGCUGUAAAACCACAGCUCGAUAUUACUCUUGUCUUAGUAAUAAAUAAAAAUACAUUAAACUGAUGUUUUAUUUUUGAUUAUAAAAGCCAGGGACUUUAAAUAAAACUUAAAUGAUGAAGUCACAAUAAAACCACGGAGUAUUAUUGAAUUCUGUUCUGUUGAAAUACAGUAAGUCUUCCUUAUAUAAUGUAAUACUUGUGGUCAUGUGAAGCAUCAUUUCAUGUUUUUUGUCUGUUUUCUUCCCAAAUUAAAUGGAUAAAUAAUGUUCA